CAUGUUUUCCAGCCAUAUGUCGAGACCAUCGUCCUCUUUCUCGUCGGACUCGCCUGGGUUGAUGACCACUUCCGUAUCAUUCCCCUCCUCUUCAAGACUUUCAUUGUCCUUAAGGAUUAGAAAAUUAAGCGCACCAUCAUCUUCAUCGUUCUUAACUUCACCCUCUCUUGCUCCUCGCCCUUCCAUGAGUUGUCGCUC